AUGACCCCGACCACACAGAGUGAGGGUCUGUCUGCCACCAUCCGCAGUUACCUGCACACACCGGGGCUCCUCGCCUCACACCACAAGGCAUCCAAUAUGGCGCCCUCCUCCCCGGGAUCAACUGUCUCAGAGGACAGCCUGCUCAGUGCUGCCGGCUCCCGAGACAAGGGAAACCCCACACCGGACUGGUAUGCCCUGUUUACCUCCCUGCCAAAAAAGAAGACCUCCAAUUAA